AUGGCUGCAGCUAUCGAAGGAAACACUAGUAGAUCUCGCCGACCUGAACUUUUAAGUAAAAUUGAUAUUGAAGUCAAUGUAAAUGAUGCUAUAUUACUUACAACGGAGGACGGUCUAUUGACAGCACUUGAUGAUAGAACAUUACGUAUCUGGAUACGACGAGAAACCGGUAAAUAUUGGCCAUCGGUUUGUUAUACAUUAGAAAGUGCACCAACAGCACUUUUCUAUCAUGAAGCAUCUCAUCGUCUUUUUUGUGGUUGUGAUACAGGCCUUCUUCAUGAGUUUCUUGUCGCCGAGGAUUACAACAAAAUAACACUUCAAUGUACUUAUCUGGGUCACCAACAACGUAUCCAUGCAUUGCAUUUUUCAUUACAAAAUGAAAUGCUAUUAAGUGUUUGUCGUGAAAAGAAGCUAAAUUGGUACUCAACAAAUCUAGCAGAGGACAAUCAUCAACAACCACGGGCUAGUUAUCCUUUAUCAGCAUGGGCUUUAUCGAUUGCACUUGAUGAAUUAACUCGACAGUGUUUUAUUGGUGAUUCGAAUGGCAAUAUACAAUUUCUUCGAAUAAAUAUUGAUAAAAAAUUUCAAUUAAUUACAACUUUAUCGGGUCAUACAGGAAGUGUUCAAACACUUUUAUGGGAAUCGGAAAUUCAAUGGUUGUUUUCUGGCAGUUUUGAUAGAUCCAUUGUUGUUUGGGAUAUAGGAACCCACAAAGGUGUUGCAUUAGAAUUAAAUGGUCAUAGUGAUCGUAUCGUUGGAAUCUCAUAUGAUAAAUUACGUAAAAUGUUAAUAACAUGUUCAGCCGAUGGAAAUAUUGGCGUAUGGCCAAUGAAUGCUAAACGUAAUGAAACUCCAAAAUGGUUAGACAGCGAUCAUUGCCAGAUAUGUCAUCUGCCAUUUUUUUGGAAUAUAAAUGCCAUGUGGAAACAAAAACAAAUUGGAUUGAGACAACAUCAUUGCCGUAAAUGUGGUCGAGCUGUAUGCGAUACAUGUUCAAAAACACGUACAAAAAUUCCAUUAAUAGGUUAUGAAACACUUCAACGGGUUUGUAAUGAUUGUGGAAAAGCAUUAAAACCUGAAGAAACGGCUCCACUUGCUGCUUUUUAUGAACUACGUCAAGGAACUAUUAAAACGGAUUUUCUUCAAGCAAAAAAAAUAAUGAUGACUAUUGGAACGGACCGAACAAUUAGAAUAUGGAAUAUGUCAUCGAUUUUAUAA